AUGGAGUCAACUGUUCCCACACCCUCGAUUGAGGAUGGCUCACAAGCCCCCAGCCAGAUGAGACAGCCAAAGAAAAGAUUUGUCGGCCGACGAACAGCAGAUGCGCAAGCCCAGAAAGAUACGACCAGCCAGAAAGAUGUUGAGUCCACGGCGCUGCAAACAGCCGCUCCUCGACGCACCCCCCGCACCCUCAAUCAAGUGCCAGCAGAGAUUCUGAACGAUCCCGAGAUUCUCGCGGCGAUCGAGCUGCUCCCCAGCAACUAUUCAUUCGAGAUCCCCAAGACAAUCCACCGAGUCCGCACAUCGGGGGCCAAGCGAGUAGCCCUCCAAUUCCCCGAGGGACUUCUCAUCUUCGCAACGACCAUCUCGGAUAUCCUGACCCAAUUCUGCCCGGGAAUAGAAACCCUCAUCAUGGGCGAUGUGACCUACGGCGCAUGCUGCAUCGACGAUUAUACAGCACGAGCACUGGGCUGCGAUCUGUUGGUCCAUUACGCACACAGUUGCCUGAUCCCGGUCGACGUAACAAAGAUCAAGACCCUUUACAUUUUCGUGGAUAUCAGCAUCGACACAACCCACCUCAUCGCAACACUAGAACGCAACUUCAAGCCGGGCCAGUCCAUCGCAACAGUGGGCACAAUCCAAUUCAAUGCGACGCUUCACGGUCUGAAACCGGUACUCGAACGCGCAGGCUUCCGUGUCACUAUCCCGCAAAUAACACCGCUGUCAAAGGGUGAAAUUCUGGGCUGCACAUCGCCUCAACUCUCAGAUACAGAGAUCGACGCGAUUCUCUACCUCGGCGAUGGCCACUUCCACCUCGAAUCCGCCAUGAUCCACAACCCCUCCAUCCCAGCCUACCGGUACGAUCCGUACUCGCGGACGUUGACUCGCGAGAGCUAUGAGCACGAGGAGAUGCACACGAUCCGACGAGACGCAAUUGCCACAGCCAAGACCGCACGCAAGUGGGGAAUCAUCCUCGGCUCGCUUGGUCGACAAGGUAACCCGCACACAAUGGCGAUGAUUGAGCGACACUUGCGCGAGCGCGGGAUCCCAAUCGUGAACCUUCUUCUCAGUGAGAUCUUCCCUGGCAAGCUAGCCUCCAUGGCGGAUGUAGAGUGCUGGGUACAAAUUGCUUGUCCGCGACUGAGUAUUGAUUGGGGAUACGCGUUCACACGGCCGCUGUUGACGCCGUAUGAGGCGCUGGUCGCACUGGGGGUGCGGGAGAAUUGGGAUACGGCCAAUAAUGGUGUAUAUCCCAUGGACUUCUAUGCGAAGGAGGGUCUUGGACGAACAAGGCCGGAGCAGGCUGCUUGA